CACGGAAGUUUAGUAACAGGAAGUGAAGCUCAGUCAGUCGUUGUCUCUGAGAGCUGAAAUGGCGCAGAAAGAUCAGCUGGACCGAGAAACCUUUUCUUGUGUGAUCUGUCUGGAUCUACUGAAGGAUCCGGUGACUACUUCCUGUGGACACAGCUACUGUAUGAGCUGUAUUAAAGGAUUCUGGGAUGGAGAGGAUCAGAGGAAGAUCUACAGCUGCCCUCAGUGCAGAGAGGCCUUCACACCGAGGCCUGUCCUGAAGAAAAACACCCUGUUAGCAGCUUUAGUGGAGCAGCUGAAGAAGACUGGACUCCAAGCUGCUCCUGCUGAUCACUGCUAUGCUGGACCUGAAGAUGUGGCCUGUGAUGUCUGCACUGGGAGGAAGCUGAAAGCCUUCAAGUCCUGUCUGACGUGUCUGAUCUCUUACUGUGAGAAUCACCUCCAGCCUCACUUUGAAUCAACCAAAUUAAAGAAACACAAGCUGGUGGAGCCCUCAGAGAAGCUCCAGGAGAACAUCUGCUCUCGUCAUGAUGAGGUGAUGAAGAUAUUCUGCCGUACAGAUAAGAAGUGUAUCUGUUAUCUGUGCACUAUGGAGGAUCAUAAAGGCCACGACACAGUCCCAGCUGCAGCAGAAAGGACUGAGAGGCAGAGAGAGCUCGAGGUGAGUCGACUAAACAUCCAGCAGAGAAUCCAGGACAGAGAGAAAGAUGUGAAGCUGCUUCAACAGGAGGUGGAGGCCGUUAGUCUCUCUGCUGAUAAAGCAGUGGAGGACAGUGAGAAGAUCUUCACUCAGCUGAUCCGUCUCCUCCAGAAAAGAAGCUCUGAUGUUGAGCAGCAGAUCAGAUCCCAGCAGGAAACUGAAGUGAGUCGAGUCAAAGAGCUUCAGGAGAAGCUGCAGCAGGAGAUCACUGAGCUGAAGAGGAAAGACGCUGAACUGAAGCAGCUCUCACACACAGAGGAUCACAACCAGUUUCUACACAACUACCCCUCAGUGUCACAACUCAGUGAACCUACAGACUCAUCCAGCAUCAAUAUCCGUCCUCUGAGAGACUUUGAGGAUGUGACAGCAGCUGUGUCAGAGCUCAGAGAUAAACUACAGGACAUCCUGAGGGACAAAUGGACAAACAUCUCACUGAGACAGACUGAAGUGGUUUUACUGUCAGAACCAGAACCCAAGACCAGAGCUGAGUUCUUAAAAUAUUCACGUGAAAUCACUCUGGAUCCAAACACAGCAAACAAAAAUCUGUUAUUAUCUGAAGGGAACAGAAAAGUAAAAUGGACGAAACAACAACAGUCUUAUUCUAGUCACACAGACAGAUUCACUGAUGAUACUCAGGUCCUGAGUAGAGAGAGUCUGACUGGACGUUGUUACUGGGAGGUGGAGUGGAUAGGAUGGGGAGUUUAUGUAACAGUCGCAUACAAGAAUAUCAGCAGAGCAGGAGAUGAAUCUCUAUUUGGACGUAAUGACAAAUCUUGGUCUUUAUGUUAUUUCUUUAACGGUUAUGAAUUUUGCUUCAACAACAUUCAAACUCCCGUCUCAGGUCCUGAUUCCUCCAGAGUCGGAGUGUACCUGGAUCACAGAGCAGGUAUUCUGUCCUUCUACAGCGUCUCUGAAACCAUGACUCUCCUCCACAGAGUCCAGACCACAUUCACUCAGCCUCUCUAUGCUGGACUUAGGGUUUAUGAAGUCUUUGGUUUUGGAUCCACAGCUGAGUUGUGUAAACUAAAGUAGAGAGAAGUCAUUCAGAUCAGCUGUCAAUCAGACUUUUUGUUUUUUUUACUUUUCAUUUGUUUCAUUGAUAUUAUCAGUUUCUUUAAAUGUGACUUUUUCCUGUGUGUUUUUCUCCAUGGAGGCUCUCACUGCUCAUCACCAUGUUUUUAACUUCUCUUUGUUCUAAAUGUUAGUUUCAUGUUUGUAUUGAUGUAUUUGUGUCUGUUGUUUCUUAAACAGAGAAAUCAGCAGAACUUCCUUCAUCACAGAUAUUUUGUUCUCAUCACUUUGUAAAUUCAUAAAGAAAUGUUCAAUCAAACUGUAAUGAUCAUGAUAAUAAUCAUUAAUGAUGUUCUUGUACAUAGCUGACAUUCUGGGUUAAACUAACUGACUGUGUGGAUGAAGUCAAUCUGAACAUGAAAUCAU